GAUAAACACAAACGAUCACUUUCGCCGGCAUUCAGUAUCUUCAAGCAUCUUCGAACAGGAAAAAGGGAAAGUGUGCUAAAACAUCCGGACAAGAACAAAUGGACAAAAGUUUUCUACGCAGAAAAUAAUAAAAUUUCUGUUUCCAUAAAGCUUUUACUAAAAGACUUCAUGGCGCGAUCGAUGGUGUGAAAGUUGUAUUUCAAAUUUCAGUUUCAUUUUCUCGAAAUCAAAGGUCGAUGGCCGUAACCGUAACCCAGAGUCAACUCACUCUAACGAGUGGAAGAGACAGAUUCAGGAAUCCCCCAUGGUGGAACAGACGUUCACGAUUAGAAAGGAUAUUAUGUGGAGUAGCGGGAAUUUGCCUAAUAAUGUGUACAGCAAUGGCCGUCGCCCUGGCCAUCGUUGGAUAUCACUACCAGACUAUGAGAUUAGGUAGGACAGACAGUGAGCUAAGUCUUCCAGGUAGCGCAGAUAAGUUAGUGUAUACUUUGUAUAAUUCCCUAACCCCACCGAAGCCUGUUGGCGUGUGCCUGACUCCCGGGUGUGUCAAGGCAGCUGCCACCAUUCUAAACAACAUCAACGACAAAGUAGAACCCUGUGAAAAUUUCUACGAGUUCGCCUGCGGAGGCUGGCUGCAAAAACAACUCAUUCCAGACGACAGGUCAGCUGUUUCUGUCUUCUCCCUGCUACAAGACGAUCUGGACCUUCUACUAAGAUCCAUGGUGGAAACUGGAAUCAAAGAAACAGAUCCACAGUAUAUCCAGAACCUGAAAAGCAUGUAUGACGCUUGCAUGAAUACUACUCACAUCGAAAUGCUAGGGAACGAACCAUUGGUCAAAAUUGUACAAGCUCUUGGUGGAUGGCCAGCUGUGGAAGGAGAGAAAUGGGAUGUGACGCAGUUCGAUUGGAUGGAAGCCUUGUUUACUCUAAGAAAGAUAGGCUUCGGGCACAACAUUUUCCUGUCCGUUUCUAUUGGACCCGAUAUACGAAACAACACCCGUCAUAUUGUGGACCUUGACCAAGCAAGCUUAGGAAUGCCAGAUCGCAACUACCUUCUGAAAGGACCUGAUGACCCACUGGUGAGCGCUUAUUAUCAACUCAUGGUGGACAGCGCAGCUCUACUCGGGGCGAAUAAGACCACGGCAGAAAAAGAGAUGAAAGAAGCUCUCUUGUUUGAAAUUUCGAUAGCCAAUUUUUCUGUGCCAAGAGAAGAAAGAAGAAACAUCAGCCGAUUGUAUAAUAAGAUGACAGUGGAGGAUCUUUAUACUUUAGCCCCAGAUAUAAACUGGGAUAGAUAUUUCAACAAGCUGCUUAUGAAUAAUAUUUCUCGAUCCGAGGAAGUCAUUGUUAUUGUGCCAGAUUACGUUCAAAACUUGGAAAAAUUGUUGGUAUCCACGGAUAAAAGGGUUAUAGCUAACUAUUUGAUGUGGCGUGUGGUGGGUCAGGCUUUUCCCACACUUCAUCGCGCCUGGGGAGAAAUUUCACAGCACUACAGUACCAUUCUUACAGGAAAAGUUCGCCAAGAGGCCCGAUGGGAACAUUGCUUGGGGACGUUAUCCGGAAGUUUGAGCACGGCUCUGGCUUCACUGUAUGUCAGAAACCAUUUCACAGACGCCAGCAAAGAUCUGGCUCUGGAGAUGGUGAAUUACAUACAUAGAGAGUUUCUUGACAUUUUAGCUAAAGUAGAUUGGAUGGACGAGCAAACGAAACAAAGGGCAAAGGAAAAAGCAGAAAGUAUGGCUACAUAUAUUGGUUAUCCGAAUGAGCUAUUAGAGGAGUGGAAAGUGUCUGAAAUUUACGACGGUCUUAUGCUGAAUUCUUCAAGUUAUUUCGAAAAUGUUCGAAUUUUGCGGAAGUGGGCAACGGACUACGUACUGUCGAAGCUUCGUAAACCUAACGUUAAAGGAGAUUGGAAAAAGCGGUCAGCAGCAGCAGUUGUGAACGCUUUCUACAAUUCUAUUGAGAACAGCAUAGAAUUCCCAGCCGGUAUCUUACAAGGAGUCUUCUUCAAUAAAGAUAGACCUAAUUAUUUGAAUUUUGGAGCCAUAGGUUUCGUCAUAGGCCAUGAAAUAACUCACGGAUUUGAUGACAGAGGUCGCCAGUUUGAUAAGGAUGGCAACAAUGUUAAUUGGUGGGAACCUGAAACUGACACCACAUUCCGAGAGAGGGCACAAUGUAUCAUUGACCAAUAUGGCAACUACUCUGUCGACGAAGUGGGACUUCAGGUGAAUGGCAUCAACACGCAAGGUGAGAACAUCGCUGACAAUGGUGGCAUCAAAGAGGCGUUUAGGGCAUAUCUCCACUGGAUUAAAGAUCACGGUGCCGAAGAUCAUUUGCCGGGCAUCAAGUAUUCCCCAACGCAGUUGUUCUGGAUUAGUGCUGCUAACGUAGAGUAUCUCAUUAACUCUUUAUAAAAUAUGUACAUGAAACAGCAUGCUUUU